CGCGACAGCCCGCGAGCCCGUGCGUCCCGUCGUCCGUCGUCGCCUUUCCCGUGUCCGCUCCGCCCGUCGUCCGGACGUCGCGCUGGUCCGCGAACGCGGUACCCGGCGGCAAGCAGACCGAACGCGACCUCGCGGCCACGUCCGAUCCCGAGCCAUCCCGGAGCCCGCGUCGCCUUUCUCUGUCUCUCUCUCUCUUUCUCUCUCUCGCGUAGUCGGUGCGUGCGAGCCCUCGGCCGAGAUCCAAGAUGGCGGCCGACUCGGGAAUGGAGACGUGUCCGUCCCCGGAGAUCGUCGACUCCAGGAAGCGGCCGCUCGACUGCGAGACGGAGAACGGCGCGACGAAGAGGUCGCACUACGGGACAGGUGGAGAUGGAACGUAUCACCUCAAAGUCCUGGUACCUGGAGUGGCGGCCGGGGCCAUCAUCGGGAAAGGAGGCGAGACCAUUGCUCAAUUACAAAAGGAUACAGGGGCUAGGGUUAAAAUGUCAAAGUCGCACGAUUUUUAUCCAGGAACAACGGAACGGGUAUGCUUGAUAACUGGGAGCGUCGAUGCCAUAAUGGCUGUGAUGGAUUUCAUAAUGGAAAAAAUCCGCGAGAAACCUGACCUUACGUCCAAGACCACGGUUGAUUUUGACUCUGGAAAAACUACAGCGGAAAGGGACAAGCAGGUACUAAAAGUAACGGUCAAGAUCCUGGUGCCCAACAGCACCGCGGGCAUGAUAAUCGGCAAGGGUGGGAAUUACAUCAAACAAAUCAAAGAGGAAUCCGGCUCCUAUGUUCAAAUCAGCCAGAAAGCCAAGGACCUGUCUCUUCAGGAACGGUGCAUCACCGUUCUCGGGGAGAAGGACAACAAUCGCAACGCUCUGCUUAUGAUCCUGGCCAAGGUGGCGGACGAUCCGCAGAGUGGAACGUGCCUUAAUGUCAGCUACGCGGACGUAAGCGGUCCCGUCGCUAAUUACAACCCAACGGGUAGCCCUUACGCUCAAGCUCCUGCUGGGACGCCGACGUACAGUGCCACUGCGGGUCUAAAUACAGUGAGCCUCCUAAACGGUGCCGGGCUGAGUCUGAAUCUGAACCUGGGGGCGGCCAUGACGGCGGGCACGGCCCCGGUGACGACGCAGUUCCUGGAGCACAUAAAGCUGAACCUGCGGACCACCGGGUUCACGGAGCAGGCGGCCUCGGAAAUCCUUGGGGCAAUCGCCACCCUGGUCAAGUACAACACCCUCGGGGUGGGGAUCGGCGUGCCGACGAGCGUGAGCUACCUCGGCACCCCGAUGGACAGCACCACGACGGCGAACGGGUCGAACAACAACGGGGGCGUUUUCGGGCCCAUCGGGACGGUCCCUGCCCUGGGCUCGACCUCGCCGACCUCCCGGUCGACCAUCGACCGGUACGAGCCGUUCGACCCGUUCCGGCAGAACAGCACCGCCGCCGGCGCCAUCCACCUCAACAACAACUCGUUCGGGCUGGGCACCAACCAGCUGUCGCUCGUAAGUAAGAGCCCCAUUCAGGUAGACACCAACAGCCAGGAGACCACGAAACUAGAGUUAGGGAUACCCGAGAUCAUUGUCGGCGCCAUUUUGGGACCAGGCGGCCGUGCCCUGGUAGACAUUCAGCGGCACAGCCGCGCCAGCAUCCAGAUCUCGAAGAAGGGCAUGUUCGCGCCUGGUACCAGAAACCGCAUUGUCACUAUCACGGGCACACCGCAGAUGAUACGGACCGCGCGCGAGGGGAUCGAGCAGCGGAUUAAAGAGGAGGAGACGAAGAGAGCUUGUCACAACGCCCUGGCGGGUAUAAUCCACUGAUUCCUCCGCGACCAGCGGCGAACUCGAGCCGAGACCAUCCCCGAAAUCGCGAGCCUCGCCUCCUCUCGCGCGCGUCGACCCUGAGACGCUAGGGCAGCUCCCUCUCCUUAGGUACCUUUGACACAUACACACCACAGACACGUACACACAUGUACACCCUCUCUACCCGCGCCAAUCGCCACCUCUCGGUCUCUCACCCUGUAUCGCCCUGUCGCGUCAUAGCGCUUGCAUCGCCACACACAACACACACACACACAUCACCAUCCUUGCAUCCAUCACGGCUCGUUGACAUUUAUCUACCUUUAAGGUUCGUAAGAUAUAAAUAUUACAUAUAAUAUAUAUAAUAAAUAUAUAUAUAUAUAUAUAUACAUAUGAUAACUAUUGCAAUUGUUCUGUGAUACACCACGUUACGGGGCUUUAUCACACAGAAACACGUACACACACACACAAACACACAGAGAGAGAAAGAGAGAGAGAGAGAGAGAUCCGCGCGAAACGCGGAGAAACGCGAUAACCACGUCGGAGCUACGGAAUAUCUACAUGUAAUUAUUACGGUAUUGCACUGAUAGAAAUGCACGAUGUAAAUUUACAUACACUCGAUCAUUGGUUAUUCUGAUGCCACGAUGAAUUGCAAUAAAAUCGUAGAAAAUUAUAAUGUAAUAUAUUACGUUAAAUUCCAUGUAAGAAUGCACCUAUACGGUGGAUGUACAAUGUUAAGGGUGUUUAUACGUUCUUUUAAUUCGUAAUUCUUAAAUUUUACGUCUUUCUACGUGGAAGUUAAGUUACGAAGGGGGCGGAUGAGUGUGUAUGUAAAUUUCCAUUGGUUUUUUAUUUUUAUCAGUGUGGGAACUCGUAGGUGGCACGACGGAACUUUUGUCACGAGUCGGCCGACGAAAGGCGUCGUUCGGUUGCUAAGGAUCUUUAGAGCGCCCCGGACGGCAUAGUUACCGACGCGGGGAGGCGUCCCGGCGCUUCCGCGGGCUAGGGUCCUGCGGAAGGGCCGCAACGGAGGCCCCCGUUUUAAUAUUUAAUCCCGAACGGGGUGCUCCGACCGGACGACGCGUUUCGGGCGAUCGCUUGGGGCGAGAUGUGGCCAGGGCAAAUCGUUGGAAUCGUUACUCAACGCGCUAUCGAGCGAAUCGCAUGCUUGUCAGGCCCGGUGGUAACCGCUUGACAAUACCAAAGAUUUUAUACGUGCCGAUCAGGAAAGAGCUUGGUCUUGAAAUCUCUCUAUCUCCGAAGCUGGCUGGUCCGGCUGAAGCAUGUAACGUUAUAAUUCCUCGUUGCCAAGGUCCACUCUUAGGUCUUCUUAUGUAACGCGGUUCGGUUCGUCCAGGGAGUAUGCACCACACUCGUACACGCAUACGUACAUGUACACGGAUACGGAUACGCCACGCAUUAACCGUGUUAAUGAUCCCCGCGAUGAUAGCGGAUUGGAUAUUGUCGGGAGAAUCGAACGCGGUUGCAUGCAAUGUUUUUUUUUUCUUUUUCAUAUUUUCAUCUUUUUUUUUUCUUUUUUUUUUUUCCUUCGGGGGAACGCGUGUCGUAACGGAGGGACACUCGCCGCGCGUCGUGGUGCGUGCGGUUCUAGACCAGGGACGCUUACGUACAAAAUUCCAUUCCAUGGUUCUCGUCAAUUAGGGACUCUUUUGCUCCGUCUGGCAGUGGGCGCGGUUGCGAGAUCUUGGUUCUUGACUUUCGUUCUCGUUUCCUCUUCUUUCCUUUGGUUUCUUUCUUCCCUCGCUCCGAGGUUGGACGAUCGAGCUCAGGACAGUCUUGUCGAAGCCUGGGAUGGGCGCUCCUGCACCUGAGGAGUUCUUUCUCUUGAUACUGUUUUUUUUUUCUUUUCUUUUUUUCCCCAUCCUUUCUUACCGUGGACUAUUUAGCGCAAUCCCGAGGGAGAUAUUUUUGGCCGGGUGGAUCUUCGAACGACCGCUCGUUCGUCGCUGAAGCGUUCUCGUGUCCUGGUGCGCCCAUCCUUGGUCUUAUGCCGCCACUAAUGUUGGUUCACGCGCUGCCCUUGCACGGGACACCGACGCGGGGCCUUUGCACGCGAUUGCGAGUAUUUUGCCGACGGUGUUGUUGAUUGUUAUAAAUGAGGGAAUCGACGCCCCGCGUCGGUACGCGUCCCGCCUCGACGAGGUGCGGGGGCCGCCGCGUGAGCGUUGUCAUAGAACGUCGGGACGCUCGCGGAGACGAGCGCCCCGUCGAGUACGCUUAAUAGGAACGCCGUAGACAUGUAAAGAAAAGAGGAACAAAAAAACGUUAUACGAGGGAUCGUAGGAAAGUGUCCGACUUGGCCGCGUAUCGUCGGCCUGGCACGAUAGAUUCGCUUGAUAAAUAUCCUCAAGGACGGGAAAACCAGUUCCGACGAUGGAGUAUUAUAUUUUCUACUGAAAUUCCAGGAGAUAUAGCGAGCGCUCGUCGCGGUUAUUAUUAAUUCACCUUUCCUUUCUUUCUUUUUUUGUCAUUUUUUUUUCAUUUUUUAAUUUUUUUUUAAUUUUUUUUUAUUUGUGUCACACAUACGACCUUCGGCCGUUUAUCGUUUUAACGAGAUUUAACGCGACUUUUCCCGAGACUCCCCGUCAAGAUGAAUUCAACGUACCGAGUGCAGGGCCUCUCGUCUUCGGAAUCUGCCCGAGUUCCUCUGCUUUUCUUUCCUGUACCUAAAAAUCAUGCCCAGCCAGUGAAACUCAAAAUUAAAUUGUAUAUAUAUGUAUAUUAGAAAUAUUCAUUGAAUAUUUUGCACGCGAUGUGUACCAUCCGAGUAUGGAUCGAAUUCGAGCAAGCCGAAAUCUCGGUCCCGAGGCCUUGCAACAAUGUGGCGGGAGUGAUUGCUCUCCUCUUUCUUUUCUUUUUUUCUUCCUUUUUCCUUCCCGUUUUUAUCGGGCGAGUCCCAUUGCGCGCGGUAUACAUGAUAUAUAUAUAUAUUUUUUCUUCUUUUUAAUCGUGCCGUUUUAAUUCCUUUUGUUGAUGCCACUGCGAGUUCGAUACGGGUUUAUUGUCGCGCGUACGCUACGUUGUCGUUUUAGGAUUUUCUUGGAGAGAAUUCGAUUUUAAGCCCAGGUCUCUCAUGAUCUGUGCGCUUGUCAGAUUCGAGGGAGGGAGAUGCUUGCUAGGUAUUAAAAAAGCAAAAAAACAAAAAUAUUCUCGAUAA